AUGAGACCCGCGCUUGGCCAUGGCCACUACGAUUCUGAUGGCUAUAGUUCCGAAGACGCCGACGAGAACAGCUGCAGCGCUAGUAGGCACUCCAGUAUUUUCCAAGCAAACCUCUAUUUUGUGGAAGAUCCAGACCAGCCUUUGUCUUCUAUAGCUGGCCAUACGUAUAGCCAGGUCCGGCACGAAACAGGCAUUCUGAGCACAUCCGUCGAUAGCUCCACAACGUUGGUCCCAAAUGCAGUGGACACGGCUAGCGAUCCGGCUGAUUUUGAGAACGGUGACCUAAAGACAGAACCCCUUUGUGUCUAUACGAGCCCAAUGGAACCAACUGAGCGGCCACCUCCAAUGCCAGCUCCCCCAGCCCAGAAGCGUGCUGAGGCUCUCGCCGAAAUCCUUUUCAGACAAGGUGGGUUAUCCAACUCCCCAUUUUUCAAAUGA